AUGGCGAUACCUUACCCGCUCUCUCAGGACCCCUACGUGAACGUCUUGAAGGCGUUUCCCCUUCAUGACGAAGAGGCAUGCAAGCGACAAGGCGAUGUAUCUGAGGAAACGACCUACAUGCAGAUCAGAGCCUUGAAAGCCCGAUAUUUCGUAAUUCAUAUAGACAUUACCACGGUCGAGGGCUUGACCGUGAGGGCAACGUUCAGCAACAUGGUAAAGGAGCCCAAGGCUGUCCGCAUGAUGGGCGCCUCGAAUGGCGCAAAGCACCGGAGGCGGCACGCGCUGUGGGCGGGGAGAGACCGGAUGCUGGUCGCUCAGGCAUCGACUCUCGUGUGCGUUAACACCGAAACAGGAACGCAGAAGUGUUUGUUCGGACACACCGCGCCCAUUGAUCUGAUUGAAGUCAGCUCAAACUUUGCAAUGGCCGCCACAGUGCAGAACGACAGAGCCUCAACGCCUGCGCCACAAAUCCGGAUCUGGAACCUGAGCGACAAAGCUCCCUUCUGCGCUGCCGUGCUUCAGUGCCCGUCGCUGGACGAGCUUCGCGUCUUCCGCUUUGACACGCACUGCCGGCGUAUGGUGGUCGCGGGGAUCGACGCACAGAAACGCCAGCAGCUGCAAAUUUGGGAUAUGAGUCGGUUACGCUCGGAGCGGCGCUGCAACCUGCUGGCUCGCCAAGUCUCAGACUUCGACGUGGCGUGCAUCAGGUUCUCUCCCUUUGACGAGUUUUGUCUCCUCUCCUGCGGCAGCGAAAACAUCCGGUUUUGGAGGAUCAAGAAUUCCCACUUGCCGGGUUGCAGCGUCGUGCUUGAGGCAGCCGCUCGGGCCAACUGCUACACAGACUUGGACUUUGAGUGCUGCCGAAGCUUCCAGUCUGUAUACAACUCGGGAGAGAAGUUGCCAGUUGCAGCGCGCAUUUUCGUCUCCUCCACGGCGGGAUGCGUGGCUCAGGUAGACUACGUGACUCGCCAGCUGCAACGGGUCUACAAGCUCCACACGGGGCCGAUCUGGUCUCUCACCGUGAGCGACGCAUUCUGCACCACUGCGUCGGAGGACGGAUUCUUCCGCGUCUGGCCGCUCACGUUCCAGAGCUGCUUCAUGCACAUGCGAAACCACGAGGCGCCCGCCGUGGGCGUGGACGCGUCGGAGGACGGCCUUCAGCUCUUGUGCGCGUCCGCCGACGGCAGCGUCGGAGUCGUGAAUUUGAGCUCGCAGCAGCACCACCCGCUCCUCCGGACGCACGCCACUCCCAUACGGGACGCUGCAGCGUUUGAGUUCCAGUCUUCCGUCGAUCAGCCGACACGGGUCGCGUGCCACCCCCUGGAGCGGAUCCUCGCCGUCGGCUUCGACAGCGGCGCGCUGAGGGUCUUUGACAUCGACGCAAAGCCGCCGCAGGUGCUGCUGGAAGCGCGGCACCACCUGCACGCCAUUCGCGGGCUGCACUUUGUCCGAAAUGCGGGGAGAGCCCACCGCGAGAGCGUCGUGGAGCAGAGCCGCUCCCUGCUGGUCACGUGCGACUCCGCAGGAGUUAUUUCAGUGCACGACGAGCAGCUGGAAUACCAGCUCGUGCAGCGCAUUGAGAAUCCCGGAGUCCACCAGCCUCCCGAGGGCCUUCCGCCUCUCGUCUUCAGCCCCGACGGCCAUCUCAUGGCUCGCUAUUUCGACAGCCGUCGCCUCUGCUGCUUCGCGUUUCCAUCCCUGCUCUAUAAGGCCAAAGUCUGCCUGCCGCGGUCCGCCUCCCGCCCAAGCGCCUGUUCGCUGUCGGCGACUCCCUACACCGCGCCUGCGCAUCUCGGCAGAGUGGAUGGCGUCGUCCGCAUCACCGCCUACGGCUUCGCCUCGAGUGGCCAGGGAAUUCUCGUCGUCUGCUCCAGCGAUUCGAAGAUGCGGAUCUACGACCUGAGCGAAGCAGACGAUCCUGACCGCUAUGGAGAUACGUCCUUCGACGACGAGUGCGCUACUCAACCCGGUUGGUCGCCUCGCAGCGUGGCGAGCGGCUCGACGCGCAGUCGCAGCUGCGGCCGUGGCAGCCACUCGGCGAGGGUCGUGACGCUCUCAGGAAGGCCGGCGACGGGUUGGAGCGACGCCAGCGUGCCCUCGCGGAGCCUGACGUGUCUAAGGGAAAUCCCCCUCAUGAGUGGCGCCAUCACUGUGGCGCUUGUUACGUACAUCGACUUGGAGGCCCAGCGGGCGCUCGGCAGGGCGCGUGCCUGCGACAGAGCCGAAGCUGACUGCGGCGGAACGGCGAGCUCAGACGGUAUCUUGACGAAGCGCAGAGAUGCGCUGCCUCAGCUUGCGCUGACAGCUGCAACAGACAAUGUGCUAAAGCUCUGGAACCUGGACGCGACAGAGUGUCGAGACUGUCUCCGCCAGCGGAAAGCCGGAGCGCGCUCUCUCCCGGCGUCGGCGCGGUCACGUUCCUCCCACGUUUCUUCAGGCCGCGGCCAACCAGGCAGGGCCCCGUGCUGUGCCUCUGUGGACAUUCUGCCCCCCUUUCAGUCAUUUCCAGGGCACCUCGCGACACCCUUCAAGUUAUUCGUUUGCGGCGACGUCGUUGUCUCCGUCAGCGCCGCCGAGGUCUUUCUGUGGGGCUUCCAGCACCAGGAGCUUGAAGCGCUCGCCGGGCAGCUCGUCCCGCUUCAGUUCCCCCAGUUCCUGCCUCCCCUGUGCUGCCCCUCUGAGGCGCCCCCGGAAGGCGAGAUCACGGCGGCGGUGUCCGGGCCUUCUCAGGCGCCCGCUUCAUCUCCUUCUCGCCGACUUUGGAGGAAACCUGACAGUGCGCAGGCUCGGCCGGCGCGUCCAUCCAGCGCACUCGUGAAUUCUGUGGAGUUCACAGCCGCUGACGGAAGCGAGCUGCGGCCGCACGCUCCCGCCGACGAGACUCCACAGUCGGCCGCCGUCCGGAGCGUCUCAGCAUCCUCAGCAGCUGCUCAAUCGUAUUCUCAGUCCUCCCGGCGCCCCGCGGCUCUGCCGCCUUCUGCUGGCGCCGCUGCAAGCGCUGACGCGCAUCAGAAGCCCGCAAAAAUCCAGUCGGAGAUGCCCGGCAGCAAGCCCCUACCCCCGUCGCUUCACACCCCGCACACUGCAGAAUCGGUGGCUCUAGCCCCCGGGGCGCUCGACUGCAAUGUCCAACACGUCGUCGUCGAGCCGGGCGACUCCGACCGACACCUACAGCUCAGACACAUUAUUGGGACGACGCUUACGACCUGCCGCGGCGGAUGCAUCUGGAAACCGCAGCACGGCCUCCUCUGCCGCGCCGUCGGAGCCUGGGUGCUGGUGGAGCGCCUCGACGUCCGGAGUCGCUACGACGCCAAGGGCAGGUGCUUUGGGCUCCUGUCUGCUCAGUCAGCAGCCUCUUCUUGUUCAGGAGCUUUUAACGACGCGCCAGACCGGCUGUGGCGGCGCCGGAGUGCACCGCUGGCCUCCCGCGCGGCGUCAGUGUCCGCAGGGCAUCCGCGAGUCUCCUCAGGCCGAGCGAAUUCUGUCGGCGUCUCCUCUGCGCACGCGUCUUCUUCGCGCCAGAGCGUCGGCGCCAGCUCAGGCCCCACUCGCAGCCUAGCCGGCGUCAGUGGAGUUGCUCCUCGCGGUUCUUCUUUCCCUCUGUUGGGCAGCGCGAAUGCCUCUCGGCGUUGGGGUGGAAAGCAGGGCAGCGGUAAGGCUCGAUGCAGUUUCGAUGUCGAGGAGGCCGGCGCCACUCGGACACGUUUCGGCCUCUGCGGAGAUCCCCGUCUGAACGACAUCCUGACCAUGGCGAUAAAUCAGAAGGGGACGCUCCUAGCUACGAUACACGCGAGCCGAGUCCCGCUCGACGUCACGCGAGACGAAGUCUCUGAGAAGGACGAACUUGAAGAAGGCGAGAGGCGCGACGACAAGCUCUUAGCUGUUUGGCAUCUGGGCGACUGCAAGGUGUCGCGCGUCACGACUCUUCCGCGACGGUGGUACUGCGAACCCGGAGAUGACGAGGCAAAUGGCGGAAAGGCGCGCUGUCCGGCGCUUGUCUUUUGUGGCAAGGACUACCUCGUUGUUGCCAGUGCGUCUAGCCGCCCACAUCUCGAUGUAUUCCUCGUCGACGACUUCCUCAAAGUUGUCACUCGCGUUCGCCAUGCCCUUUCGUCGCCUUGCUGCGGGCCGACGCCCGUUGCAGGGACCGAAGUGGAAGCGCCUGUCGUCCGGCUGCUCACGAGCGCGCGGGCGGACGACAUCGAGGUGGUUUACGUGGCCCCGCGGUCGGCGAUCUUUUGGAAGAUCGCCCCUACCCACUCUCUGCACGAAGACGUCUUCGAGUGUCUCGGCGACGCGGCGGAGGCUGGGAGAGACAGGCAGGCCCUUGAAUGCCAGUCGCACGCCUGUCUCAGCAGGCCGUUCGCGCCCACAGAGGAACGUAGGACCCUGCGCGCAGAGCAUGGCGUUGCGCUUCAUUUUCAGUUUGCCGACAGUCCCUGGCGCAUGCGCGAGGAUCCACACCUCUGCUACACGACGGGAUGCCUGACUCGGCGGGGUUCUUCGACGCCGACGCUCCUACUGCUGGCGACGAAUGCAGGGUUUGUCUAUGGCGUGAACUUCGACACCAACACCCUGCUCUUCGAGCUCCAAGUUGCCACGUCUGAGCCCAUUAAUUGCAUAUCCUGCGAUCGGGCACACGAUCUGUUCUGCGGUCUCGGCACUUCGCUGAAAAGGUGGAGUGUCAAUCUCGCCUCGCUUCUGACUUCCGGCGAUACUGGGGGCGGUCUCCCCCCUCGACCUUCUGGUCUGGCCUUCGUAGACUUGCGUGGCGCGGGCGCGAGCGCUGCGUUCCAGCUUGACGGAGUGGUGAAGACGAUGCAGUGCGAUUUACAAGCAACAGAGGCCGUGGUUUCCACUUCUGCAAACACGAUCUGGUACCUGCAAUGGAAACAGAAGGCGCGCGUCCGCCUGGAGUCAGGUCACACAGGGGUCAUCCGCCACAUCUGCUCUCCCUACGCGCUUAGGCCCCUUUGCAGUCGCCGUACUGGGCAUCCCAUAGGGUCUGGAAGCAACGAAGCUCACCCCAGCGUUCUUCGUUCGCUUUCCGCUGGUGAGAGUCCCACGUCAUGUUCCGGUAUCUUCGCGACUGCGGGAGACGACCUGACAAUUCGUCUGUGGUCCUGCUGGCCGCGUCCACAGCAGAUCGCGCUCUUCUGUCUCAAACAAGAAUGCCGUGGCCUCGGGUUUAUUCAGCCACAUGUUCUUGCCGCAUUAUUUGACAACGGAUGCCUGAGGCUCGUUGACGUCACAAGCUUCAGGAUUGUUGGCAGACUCCAAGCUACAGUCGAGCAAGACCCGCCGACGAGUUUUACAUGCGUCAACGAGAACCAUGCCCUGGUGGCGACACAGUCGGGAAAUGUGCUAUCAAUACACCUUGUGACAGAAAGACGGCGAAGCGCUUCUCCUGCACCACCACCUCGUGAUGGGGCUCAAAGUAACCAAAAGAUGGUCAAGCAUGCCAGUGUGUCGAACAUAACUGCCCUGCUUUUCGGGAACGUGGCGUCCGCCCCGCCGACGCUCCCAUGUGGGGAACUGACCGAGCUGAGUGGGCAUUCCACGGUGCCCCCUCCAGUCACCCACAUCGCUGUUUGUCGACAAGCUUCAACGCCAAAUCCAAGAGGGGAGAGUGUUAUCACUCGUGAGCUCGAAAGCGUACCACAGCUCACAAGGGUCGCCGUCUCUACAAACAGAGGUGUCUGCGCGAUCAGUGCCUAUGGGUCAGCCUCGUCGUUAAGCCACCCGGCUUGGAUGACUGAUCACAGCUUCGUGGUCAAAGUUCCCCCCGGCGGAAGCUUAGACCUCCCUCACAUCUCAGAUGGCGUUGCCUGGGUCCAGGCCGCCUUUGCUGCAAAUAACAUGGUGGUCAUUUGUCGGGGUUCAGCGGUGUUUCUCGUCGAGAUCGGCACAAGAAAGGCAAGGCGCCGUCUCUAA